AUGGUGCAAAGAAUGCCCCGUACAAAGUAUAGAUGCAGGCGGAAAACCAUCCGGCUGCCCCCGAUAGGCGGACCAGGUCAAGUUAGUGGGAAAAGGGAUAGUCAGUCCUGCUCCAACCGAACGGACCAACAGUAUCUGCUUGUUCUGCUGCAUCCCGUAAGCGACCGGCCAGUCAACCAAAGGACCCUCCCUGAACGGGGUCAACCGAUGAGUGAAGCCCGAGAGAUAGUCCUCUCGGGCACUACUGUACACACGACUAGUACUACUGCUAAGUACUACUACAUGCCCUGGACCCCGGUGGACGAAUGGUUGGGGGUUAAAACGGUCAUUGCGCAUGGAUUUUUUUCAAGUCAGACCUUAAAUCCCUACUACUUACUGUACUGGUCUGCCCGGUACUUCUUCCUUGUUUUCUCGUCGCUUCUACUACUAUGGGGGGAUCCGAUCACCGUUGCUUAUUAUUACGAUAUCAUUAGCGACUCGACUCUCUUAACUUUUUUCCCAUCCCUUCCCGCAUCGCCCGCCCGUCAUCGCCUCUGCUCACUCACCAUGUGUUCCGACCGCGCUCCUCCCCCGGACUCCAGCGUCAUUGAACCUGAUAACUUCAGCGACAAUGACUCCACCUAUCCCGGCUCGCUGGGCGAUGCCAGCUACACCACCAGCAUCACGUCCAGUGCGAUGAACUAUGCGCAGAACGGUCGCAGAUACCAUUCCUACCACGAGGGAGAAUACGUCCUGCCCAAUGAUGAACAAGAACAAGAUCGUCUCGACCUGAGCCACCACAUCUAUCGCAUGCUCUUCAAGGGAGAGCUGAACCGAGCACCGAUUAAGAAUCCCGCGCGCGUACUAGACAUUGGAACUGGCACGGGAAUCUGGGCGAUCGACUAUGCCGACGAGCAUCCCGAGGCAGAAGUGAUCGGAAACGAUCUCAGUCCCAUUCAACCGUCCUGGAUUCCGCCGAAUUGCCGAUUCGAAGUCGAUGAUUUUGAGCAACCGUGGUCCUACAGCAAGCCCUUUGAUUAUAUUCACGGUCGGGAGUUGGAGGGCUGCGUUCGCGAUGUCGACAACCUCUUUCGGCAAGCACUCGAGAAUCUGAAGCCCGGAGGAUGGAUGGAAAUCGCCUCGAUGGAGGUCAACACAUACUCGGAUGACGAUACACAUUUGCGGGCCAAAAAUCUACUGGAGGGUAUAGUGUAUAUGCAUGACUGCGCUCGGGAGUAUGGAAAGGACAUGGCCAGUGUGCACACCUGGAAGGAAAAGAUGGAAAAGGCCGGUUUUGUCAAUGUCCGGGAAGAGAUCUUCAAGGUAAUAUUCCCGACGCAUUGUCCCUUCCGUUCAUUCUGA